AUGGAGUUGUGGUCGGAUAGUACCGCGAUUCCCUUUCGAUUCGUGUCCCAUGGUCCGCCCCCCACUUUCUGGACCAUUAGGACGGACUUGUCCAAUGGACUAUUGGUCCGGACCGACUCAGGUGUUCGGACGGACGGUCCAAGACGGUGGACGGACUACGGAUCAUGGAAUGGCUUCAACCUGUACUAG